GCAGGAAGGAUUAGCACACUCCAACAUUGUAGCAAUCUACAACCACAAUAUACAAGACAAAGGGGCAGUAGCUGUUAAGGAUAUAAUGCAGAAUGCAGUCUGGACUGCUUACUGUUAACACCCUAAAGAAGACCCUUAAUCUGCAAUCCAUAAGUACAUCAUGAAUGUCUGCUUUCCCUAUCUCCCACUGCUUUAAAGACGAAGAGGAAGUGUGCAAGAAUCAAAAAGGCUCAUCAAAAUGAGCAGCACAGACGCAGUCUCCACCUGUCCGUACAGCAACGCCACUGUGGCCCCUGAAAAAACGAAUGAAUCCUGUGUGAAUUUUACAUCCUUCAUGGUGCUCACAGACAGCCAGAAAAUUAUCGUCUCCUCAAUCUGUUUUCUCGUGGGGCCUCUCACUCUCCUGGAGAACUUGUUAGUCUUGUGCCUGAUCUUCUCCUCCCCGUAUCUGAGAAGAAAGCCCUCUUAUCUGUUCAUCAGCAGCUUGGCUUUGGCCGAUCUGUUUGCCAGCAUUUUUUUCGCCUUCUUCUUUGUGGAAUUCCAUGUGUUCAAGAACAUGGUCUCCACAUCGACGUUCUUGUUCAAGCUCGGAGGAGUCAUCAUGGCCUUCACUGGUUCCUUGGGGAGCUUGUUACUGACAUCUAUUGAUAGAUACAUAUGCAUCCACAAACCUUCUGAAUAUAAGACCAUCAUAACCCGGAAGAACGCUUUUAUUAGCCUCGCUGUGUUGUGGACGACCAUAGUCCUCAUCUCUUUCCUGCCUCUCAUGGGAUGGAAUUGUAGCACGCUGAAUUCAGUAUGCUCUGAAUUGUUCCCUUGUGUGGAUGAAACGUACUUAGCCUGCUGGCUAGCAUUUGUGAUUUCCUUGCUAGUUUUCAUAGUCUACGCUUACAUUCACAUCCUCUGGAAAGCACACAAGCAUUCUGUAUACAUGGAAAAGCAUGUGAUCCAAAGCCAAAGAGGUAAAGCCCGAAUGAGGAUGGACAUCCAGCUGGCCAAGAUGUUCGGUGUGAUUCUGGCCAUGCUGGUCAUUUGUUGGUCCCCUGUCCUGUCGUUCAUGUUUGUAGAUCUGUUCUCCAAGCUGGACAACAAGCUGAAGAUGGUAUUUGCAUUCUGCUGCACCCUGUGCUUUGUGAACAGCACGGUCAACCCGCUGGUCUAUGCCCUGAGGAGCAAGGACAUGCGGCAAGUUCUCCUGGGGGCUGUGGCCCGGUGUCGUGGUCAAGCAACGUUCUUCUUGAGCAGUGUGGAGUCUGAUGGGCAACAGAAGUCAAUCCAUCCAGACACUGUCUGCGAAUUGGUUGAGGUACCGUCACUCACAGACUGCAGAAAAACCUGAAGACCAACCUCUGUUACAAAUGUGUACUGUAGUUCUGCCAGAUAUCCACAUAAUGCUAAAGUAUUGCAAAAUUAUAACUGUGGCAUAACUCUUAAAGGGAAAAUCUGUCUGUUUGUUUUUUGUUUUGUUUUUCCCCUGGUUUAUAAAGUAAAUACCUUUCA